CUUCGUACUAUAUCUCUUCCUUUGGAGAUGAAGCGUGGAAGAGGAGAUACAGAUCUCUCGAACGUUUCCUUCGGCAAGACCGACAUAAACACAUCGAACUUUCGAAGAAGACCAUCUUAGAACAAGUCUGUAUCUCUUUUUUUUGUUAUUAUUAUUAUUUUUUUUUUUUUUUAUUCGAUCGCAAAGAAAGAGAUUUUCGAUUAGAAGCUCGAUCUUUCUCUAUCACUCUUUUUCUCUCUCUCUCUAUAUAUAUAUAUAUAUAUAUAUGUUAUGAUGUCGAGAGUGAAACGAGUUAGUGUUAGAGAAACUAAUAGAUAGAAAAUCUUUUGAAGAAGAAAAAAAAGGGGAGAAAGAAAAGAGAAACAAAAGGAAUUAAAAUAAAUAAAAAACUAAGUGAUAGAAAAAGAGAGAGAGAGAGAGAGACAGAGCGUGUACGCGUGUGUAUGUGCGUCUGUUUAUAUUAUCUGUGUGAGAAAAAAAGAAAGAAAGAUAAAGAAAACGAUUUGGAAGAAAGUGCAGCAGAGGGAGGGAGGGAGGGGUGAUGGUGAUGGUAGUGGUGGUGUUAGUGAUGAUGAUGAUGAUGCUGGUGGAUGACAACGAGGAUCAAUGAACCGGAAUGAUUUAUUCUACUAUGUAUGAUGAUCGAACUUUUUGAAAAAGAUUGAGAGAAUUUGAAGACCCGAAGAAUUUUUCCUUGUACGUAGCUUUAAUUUUUUUUCUUCUUUCUUUCUUUUCCAUUGAAAUUUCUUAAAUAUCGUGGUAAAAAAAAAAAAGAAAAAAAGGAAAACAGAAAAAGAAAGAAAGAAUCAUUUAAGAAGAGGACCGACAAAAAAAACGACGGAAAAGACGGAAGAUCGAAGAUAUACGCACGCUACUCACGUACAUUCACGGAAUUAAUUUGGAAGAAGAGAAAAGAAAAGAAAAGAGAAAAACAAAAAAGAAAAAGAAGAAAAUGGAUGAACGAGAAUAUAUUAUUAAAAGUUAAGAAAACUAUAGAACGAAUGUGAUUAGUAUCAAGGCAAACGAGAGUGUUCUCUGGACACGGAGUUUCUUCAUUCCUACAUAUAUAUAUAUAUUAUAUAAAUUAUAUAUAUAUAUAUAUAUAUUUUAUUCGAGAGAUAAAAACAAAAGAAGGAGAAGAAAUAUUCAUGAGGUUGUGUGUUAAUGCGCGCGUGUAUUAUGUGUUGUGUGUGUGCUCGGUUCGCGAAUCGAGAAAAAACAGGAUCAAUUAGCAGCCUCGAGAGGGAAUAAGGAAUAAACUUGAAUCGCAAUAGUAGUGUCCUUGAAAAGUAUUUCAUCUCUUCGUGCGUUUACACGUUCAAGAGUACGAUAUUUUUCUCGUGAAAGUUCAAGAAAAGAUCAGUACGACGAAAAUAUUUUUCUCGCGUGAAUAUCUUCUUUCUUUUCUUUUUUUUUUUUUUUUUAAAGGGGGAAAAAAAAGAAAAAGAAAGAUCGAUCUUAUCGAAUAAUAAACAAAAUCGAUUUCGACAAAACGCGCACCGUGAAAAUGCGCGGGAAUUUGGAAUUUUUUCCAACAAGUGCCAUCUCGUCCGAUUGCUGGUGAUCUCUUUUUUCUUUUCUUUUUUUUUUUUGUUCCUUUUUGUUUUUCUUUUUAACGAGAAAAAAUUCUGUUAAAAAGAAAAUUAAGAAAGAUAGAAAAUAGUAAAUGGGAUAUAUUUCGUUAUAAUGACAAGAUCGUGUGGGUGAGAUAUAUUGUGUGUGCGUUCAUGUGGGGGAAGAAUUAAUUAGAUUGUGGGUAUUUGAGGUUAAUCAUGUUUCUUGGAUCAUUCGUAAGAACGUUUUGACAUCAUCAUUAUUGUCAUCGUCGUUGUCGUCGUCGUCGUCGUCGUCAUCGUCGUCGUCGUCGUCUUCAUCAUCAUUGUCGUCGUUGUUGUUCGUGCGUUGUGUUGUAUCGAUCCAAGUUCUACGAAUUACACGUCGUACAUAUAUAAACGAAGAUGGAUAGAAACGAAAGUGGUGUUGGUAUUGGAAGUGGUACCAAUGGGAAUUGUCACGUUGGAAAUUCAGGAUCACCAUUGAAUUCUUCCUCCUCGAGUCAUCCGGCGGCCCUUCAUACAUCUUCGUCAGGAUUGGACAGUCAGAGCGGAGAUAGAGGAUGGGAGAUACAUCAGGUCACCGUUACCAGAGUACCAGGAUAUGGUUUUGGUAUCGCGGUAUCUGGUGGUCGUGAUAAUCCACAUUUUACCAAUGGUGACCCAGCUAUUGCAAUCUCCGACGUUUUGAAGGCCGGACCUGCGGAAGGAAAGUUGCAGGUAAACGAUCGCAUCAUUUCCGCAAACGGAGUAUCGUUAGAAGGUGCCGAUUAUGGAGCAGCUGUCCGAGUUCUUCGGGACUCUGGAUCGACCGUUUUAUUGGUCGUUAAACGGAGAGCUUCGUCGAACUCAUCAACUUGCCAAGGCAAUUCUGCUCCGCAAACUCAUCGACUUACGCUCACGCGUAAUAAUAAAAAAGAUGAUUUUGGAAUUGUAUUGGGUUGUCGAUUGUACGUAAAAGAGGUUACGCGAGAAAAUAUUGGAGUUAAACCUGGCGAUAUAUUAACGCGAAUAAGCGGUAUUGCCGCUGAUAAUAUGAGUCUAAAGGAAGCAAGAAAGUUAAUGGAUCAAUGUAAGGAUCGUUUGUCCAUCGUUAUUACCAGAGAUUCUUCGUGUUGUCAUGUCCAACAACAAGUUAAAACUGAUAGCGGCGAGUAUUUGUCCGGUGCGAGUUACAGCAGUCAAAAUUUGUACGUUCCACCACCAACAAGACAACCAUUGGAAGAUAAAAGUAAUCUGGUUCCAAGGGGACGUUCAAGAGGUCCUUUAAUGGACGUUUCUUUGAGCCAAUUGGAUUUACCAGCUACACCAACAGUAGAUCCACCUAGACCACCACCUCCAAGACCUGAAGAUUAUUACAGUUCCCGGAGGCAGAUGUACGAUGAGGACUCUAUUACACAACGAACGAAACAGCCAAUGCCGGAUCCACGAUUCAUUACCUUCCAAAAGGAAGGUUCAGUAGGGGUACGAUUGUGCGGAGGAAAUGAAACUGGCGUUUUUGUAACGGCGGUUCAAGCUGGAAGUCCGGCCUCUCUUCAAGGUCUUCAACCGGGUGACAAAAUUUUAAAGGUAAAUGACAUGGACAUGAAAGGUGUAACCAGAGAGGAAGCGGUAUUGUUUCUUCUUAGUCUUCAAGAACAAAUCGAUCUGAUCGUACAGCAUCGACGUCAGGAAUACGAUCAAAUAGUUGCAUCCGGUAGAGGUGAUUCGUUUCACAUUAAGACACAUUUUCAUUAUGAACAACCUGAAAAGGGAGAAAUGAGUUUUCGCAGUGGUGACGUCUUUCACGUGGUAGACACUCUUCAUAAUGGAGUCGUAGGUUCUUGGCAGGUAUUCCGAAUUGGAAGAAAUAAUCAAGAAGUACAGAAAGGUAUUAUUCCAAACAAAGCGCGCGCCGAGGAACUUGCUACUGCACAAUUCAAUGCCACGAAGAAGGAAUUAAGCGCUAGCGAGAGCAGAGGUAGUUUCUUUAGGAGAAGAAGAAGUAGUCAUAGACGUUCAAAAUCUCUGGGAAGGGAUCAUUGGGACGAUGUGGUAUUCUCCGACAGUGUCAGUAAAUUUCCAGCUUACGAACGAGUCAUUCUACGACAUCCUGGUUUUGUUAGACCAGUCGUACUUUUUGGCCCUGUCGCUGAUCUUGGUAGGGAAAAAUUACUUAAGGAUUUUCCCGACAAAUUUACUUCCCCACAAAUGGAAAGUCAAAUGGAAGAGAGCGGUAAUAAAAAUACUAAAUCAUCGGGUAUAAUCCGUUUGAGUGCCAUCAGAGAAGUAAUGGAUAGAGGAAAACAUGCUCUUCUAGAUAUUACUCCGAAUGCUGUAGAUCGAUUAAAUUAUGCUCAGUUUUAUCCUAUUGUGAUAUUUUUAAAAGCUGAAACAAAACAAGUUAUUAAAGAAAUGAGAGCAGGUAUUCCCAAAUCAGCGCACAAAAGUAGCAAAAAACUUUUAGAACAAUGUCAGAAAUUGGAUAAAAUUUGGGGACACAUAUUUAGUGCUGUUAUCACACUUACAACUCCUGAAGCUUGGUAUCGAAAACUCAGAGAACUGAUAGAUCGUCAGCAGCAGGGAUCUUUAUGGAUGAGCCAAACAAAGCCGGAAGAAGCCCUCUCGGAUGAUUUCCUAUUCCCGAUGACUUCUCGCCUCUCCUACGCUUCCUCUCCGGAGAGUGAUCUGGAAUUAAGCCCUGCACCAGCACUUCCUGGGACAUUGGGUCCACCUAUACGCUUGAAAAGUAGUUCAGAUCCAAGUAUUGCUACCCAAGACGAUACAACCGCACCUCCUCCAUAUUCUACAAAUUAUCAACAAUCUUUUGAACAACAUAAAAGAAGAUCACAAGGAGGUGCUGGAGAUAGCAAAUAUGGUUUCUCUUUAUCGGGACAAACGAGUAAUCAAUCUGGUUCUCCUGAAUAUCUCGGUACUUCAUUCGAACCUAGAUCUCCACAUCAUAGUCCUCCGGAUCUACCACCACGGAUCGAUCGAAAUAUUAAACCAACAAAUCAAACAACACGGGGAACGGUACGUUCUACGCAAGAAAGGCUCAUUAAUAAAACUGAUUCUGUUUUGGACGUUGGAAAUUAUAUAAAUGCAUCGCCUCAUAAAGUAAAUGCUACGUCAUCUCUUGAAAGGACACAAACAAAAACGGGAAGUUACGAUAGUAUGUCUUCAUAUGAUUCAUAUAAUAAUAAUACUAAUGGAAAUUCAAGUUAUGCUGGUGUUAAUCUGAAUACAUCGACCAAUCGUUUAGGCCCGAAUGUACCUGAUGACUUAAAAAGUAGUGGCAUGUCAGCCAGAGCCCAUGACCCAUACAGAUUUACAAGAUCUACAGCUCAACCUGUAGCUACACAAGAACCUCAAGCUACUAGAACAGAUUAUGCCAAAUAUAGCAGGACCACAGACUAUAAACCAAUAUCAAUUCCACAAAAUAAGCCAGGAGGAUCAUACAAACCCAUACCACCGCCAAAGCCCAAGAAUUACAGACCACCUCAAACAACUUUAGUAGGAGAUGAAAAUAGUGGAAAUAAUGGUAAUAAUGGGAACAAUGGAAAUAAUGGAAGCAAUGCUUAUCAGCACACAAAAAGUUAUUCUAUUGCCACUUCACACGUGCAUAAUGGAGUAGAAAAUAAUAGCAACGUUAGACGCAACAACAGUCAGUAUUAUUAUAAUAUUCCACCUCCCACUCGUCAUAAUGAAAAUAACCAAGUAAAUUCGCAUCAUAAUCACAGCCACAUAACUCCGCCAAUACAUAGUCAUAGCCUGAGUCAUACUCAUCCACACUCUAGUCCUCCUGUGACUUCUCAUUCUCAUUCAAAUAGUGCUGGUCAAAUAAAUCUCAGUUCCACGCAUAAUCGAAACAACAUUAAUCAUAAUGGUUUCAAUCAUAAUAACAGUCAUGGAAGUGGAAGCCAAACUUAUGCUUCUGGUAAUUCUACUCACAAUAGAGAACCUAAUGGUUUAGAUUUAGCUGGAAGCAGGGAGCAAAGAGGUAGUGCCUUUGAACUUUAUCGGAAACCGGUACAUCAUUAUAAUAUUAGGUAAAUUACAGUGUAUAUGUAUGUGUAUAUGUAUAUAUAUAUAUAUAUAUAUAUAUAUAUAUAUAUGUAUGUAUAUAUUCAAUAUCUACUGUAAUUCACUCAAAUUCUAAUUUGUUUUGUUUCGAUAAAAUAGAUAAGUAUAAAUUGUGUACCGCUAUAAAUAAUAGUAAUUACAAGAAUCACACAAUGAUAUAAAUGUAGAAAACCGUCUGCCUUAAAACUACCUCUGUAUAAAGAUUGGCGAAAAAAUAGUUAGCAAUGUAUUUUAUAUACACUUAUUUUACAUAAUAUGUAAUAAACUAUAGAUUAAAGUAUGGUGCGAUAGUGUCUGCUUUGAUAGAUCAUUAAAAGUCUAUCUAUAUAAAAUUUGUAUUUUAUUAUAAUGUAACAGGAAUAAUGGAAUAUUUCAAAUGAUAAUGUCAUCACAUUGAUUGUUAUUGCAUUUAAAUGGUAAACUAAUUAUAUAUAUAUAUAAAAAACUAUGACAUGUGAUAAUAAUUAAAAUAACAUCGAGAGACAGAUAAUCAUUAUACUUUGUGUACACAUAUAAGUUUUAAUAUGUUUAUUUAUUUUGAAUCUAAAAUUCAAGAUGGAAAAUCAUAUAUAUUCUUCCAAAGAGAAAUCAAUUUUUUUUCUUUUUUUUUUUUUUAUGAUAAAAUAUACAAACUGACAUAACUAAAUAAUUAUCUCUUAUAUAGAUCAUCAUUUUUAUAAUGUACUGAAUGAUCGCAUAAAUAUUGUUGUAUUGAAAAAUUAUAGAUAAAUAAAACCAUUAAAAUUUAUGUGAAGUUAGAGGGAAAUAAAAAAUAAAUAAAUAAACCAAAAAUUAAAAUUAUUCUCCGACAAGUAUUAAAAUGAUUUAUUUUGUUUAGAUGUUUAUAAAUUGAUAAAAAAAACAAUUGCAUUACAUAGUGUCGAUGGACGCAAUAACUAGUCACUAAUAUCAAUUGAUAAUUGGUGACGUUGUAUUGUUUCUUUUAUAUUUGAAUGAGAAUUGAUUAAAUUAGAAGUAACGAAUCUGAUAUACUUCCUAACUGUGUUCCAAAUCUAUUUAGCUCUCUUAUAGAAAUGUUCUAUUUAAAUCAACAAUAACUAUUUCUCCUUUCGCAAAUAAAUUCUAUUUUAAUAUUUGUCAUUUAUUAUAUUGAGUCUUACAUUCAAGCUGAUAUAUAUAUAUAUAUAUAUAUAUAUAUAUAUAUAUAUAUAUAUAUAUAUAUAUUUAUAUCCAUUGUACACAUGUUAAUUAAUUAAAAGGACAUUUCUUCCAUUUAAUCGCGUUACUGUUCAUUUCACAUAAAUACAUAUCUAUUAUUUGAAACAAAAAAACAGGUGAAGAGAUAGAGAAAGAAAGAGAGAGUCAAAAAUAAUAAUUAGAUCUCUAAAUUAUUAGAUAUAUUCGUCGUCAAUGUGAAAUAGUACAGAGUGCUUUUAAAAUUUCUUAUUUCAAAUAAUUUACAAGAAAAAAAAAAGAAAAAAAAAGAAAAAAAAAUAAAAAAAAAAAAAAAGAAAAAUUCUACACACUAAUUUUUCGCUUGUUUCUUUACAUUAAUUAUUUAAAAAUAAAAUUUUCACUUCUUAUUGAAUUUUGUUAAUAUCAUACAAUUUUUAAAUAUCUUCUACUGAUUAAAUGAAUAGCAAAUGAAGUAAUAUAGAAUAUGAAUUAUAUAACUCAUAUUCUGUUAAAAUUAAUUCAAACAGUUGCAUAAGUAAAUGUGCGUCUCAUAUAUAAAAUACAGAAAAUAACCUACGUAGACAUCUUGCGUAAUGUUAUGUGAAUAUGCAGUUAUGCAUAUUGGACCAAAUAUAAGCAUGAUUUUUGCAUUUUAAUUACAUAAUAAAAAUAUUUUACUUCGAUGUUCAUAUGUAUAUAUAUCGUGAAAACAUUGUCAUUUUUUUUUCUUUUUUUUCUUUUUUUUUUUUUUUUUUAAGUACAAUAACAUUACUGCAUAAAUCAUUCUGUUUCUUACUUGUGCAAAUAUUAAUGAUAUUUAAAAUAGCAUAGAGUAGAAAGAGAUUCAUUUUUACAUACAGAAAAUUUAAUGUAUUAUUAUGAUAAUAUAAAAUCAUUUGACGUUUUUACUUGCAAAUUUAUAACAGCACAGAUUUCCGUUUGUACAUACACAUUGAAGGGAAUACUUGGGCAGUUUUAGAUGUCGAGUACACGUUUACAUAGAUCAUGUUGUAUAUAAUAUAACAUUGUAAAAUUACCAUAUUUUUGGUCCAAAAUAUCAUUAAUUUCAAUAAACAUUUUGAUGUCAUACUUUCAUAAAGUAUUCUGUCAUCAUCCUGUUAUAAUUUAAUUAAUAUUUGAAGUGUGUAAUAUGUAAUAUAUUACAUCAUGCAAUUAAAAGAUUUUCUUUGUACAGACAUGACCUACAAAGUACCUGAACGAAAAAAUCCAUAGCUAAAUGCGGAAGUCGUCCUUUUGUCAAAAUUUAAUCAUGCAAAUUAUAUAAAUUCUGAGUUAAAGUACUUAUAGCAUUGUAAAUAAAUAACUGUACAGUAUAGAAAAUUUGUUAGCGUUGCAAUAAAUUUUACAGAUAUUUAAAUGACAUGUUGCAACUGCAACAAUAUGUAUCAAAUAAUAUAAUGUUCAUUUAAUAAAUACAGUUAUUACUCUUACAAUUCUUAUUCUUAUUACAGUUCACUGGCAAUAAAAUUUUGGACAUGCGUAUUUUGAAUAGCAAGUGCGUUUGGUUAAGAAUUAUCUAAAAAAAACACUUAUAAAAAUACCAUUUCUAGAUAACGUAAUGCGGAGCUUCCUCGUUAAUAUAAUGAUGAAGCUCGGAAAACAGUCAUUAAAGUUUGGCCACAAUUGUUAACAAUUAUUCAUAGUGGCGUAAUAUGGAAUAUGUAAAGUUAAUAUGUUCGCUUAGGCAGAGAGAGAGAGAGAGAGAAAGAGAGAGAGAGAGAGAGAGAGAGAGAGAGAGAGAGAGAGAGA